GAGUCCUUCCAGGAACUAUCACUCUUGACUAGACCUGGUAUAGCCACAAUGGACAGCUGGGCACCAAGACUUAAGCAUCUCUUAUGGAUUGUAUUGCCCUUGUACCUUCACUUGACAGGCUCAUCUCUUGCCACUCCAACAGGAAGUCCUAAAACAACUUUAUCAAGCAGGACCUUGAGCACAUCUUUCAGUUCCCCCACCGGCUCAGUAUUACCUAUCAACCCAAGCUCCAGCGGCCCAACAGCUACUCACCUUAACUCUAUCAAAACAAACAUCCCAACCUCAGGAAUUUCCUCUGGCGUAUCUGUCAAUCCUGGUUCAAUCAGCCCAAUUUCCUCCCAUCCCAGCGUCACUGGCUUAGUAUUGUCCACUCAUCCUGGUUUGACCAAUUCACUGCCCUUGAAUCCAGGUUCCACCAGUUUCCAAACAAGCAUUCCUACUUCAGGAAUUUCCUCUGGUAUCUCUUCCAACUCUGUCAAUCCUGGUUCAAUCAGCCCAAUUUCCUCUCAUCCCAGCGUCACCGGCUCAGCAUUUUCCAUCCAUCCCGGCUUGACCAAUUCAAUACCCUUGAACCCAGGUUCCACCAACUUCCAAACAAGCAUCCCAACCUCAGGAAUUCCCUCUGGCGUAUCUGUCAACCCUGGUUCAAUCAGCCCCAUCUCCUCCCAUCCCAGCAUCACCGGCUCAGCAUUUUCCAUCCAUCCUGGCUUGACCAAUUCAGUACCCUUGAACCCAGGUUCCACCAACUUCCAAACAAGCAUCCCAACCUCAGGAAUUCCCUCUGGCGUAUCUGUCAACCCUGGUUCAAUCAGCCCAAUUUCCUCCCAUCCUAGCGUCACUGGCUCAGUAUUGUCCACCCAUCCCGGCUUGACCAAUUCAGUACCCUUGCACCCAGGUUCCACCAAUUUCCAAACAAGCAUUCCUACAUCAGGAAUUCCCUCUGGCGUAUCUGUCAACCCUGGUUCAAUCAGCCCAAUCUCCUCCAAUCCUAGCGUCACUGGCUCAGUAUUGUCUACCCAUCCUGGCUUGACCAAUUCAGUACCUUUGCACCCCGGGUCCACCAACUUCCAAACAAGCAUCUCGACCUCAGGAAUUCCCUCUGUCAUAUCUGUCAACCCUGGUUCAAUCAGCCCAAUUUCCUCCCAUCCUAGCGUCACCGGCUCAAUAUUGUCCACUCAUCCCGGCUUGACCAAUUCAGUACCUUUGAACCCAGGUUCCACCAACUACCAAACAAGCAUCUCAACAUCAGGAUUUUUUCCCGGUGUAUCUUCCAACUCUGGUUCCACUAACUCAGGUUCAUCUUCUUCCGCUAUUGGCAUUCCUACAAACAAUUCUUCAGUGAGCGCUUUCUCCACUGUUCCCCCGUUAUCUGGCUACCCUUCCCAAAGUUCAUCUGGCUCAAGCAGCACCGUAUCUCCUUUGCCCGGGCCUAGUUCCAGCAUUACCACCUCAGGUUCAGGAUCCACAGGACCCACAUCUAACAGCACAGUUUCCCUCCAACCUGGAGAUAAAGCUGAUCUCACCUAUUGGAUUAUUAUUCUGAUUUGUGUAGUCUGCGUUGGAGCUGUUCUUUUAUUGCUUUGCCUCAGUUUCUUGCUUUGUUAUUGCUUACAACAAAGGAACAUCAGUCCUGCCAGCUUUCCUAUGUACCAGACCCACAACAUUCCCCAAACCUACCAGAGCUCUUCCCGAUGAAGGAAACAAUCUUUUUGUCUUAGUUUUACACCAAGUUACAACAAUAAGCUUCUUGGAACUGCUCCCAAUCUUCUUGAGAACUUGCUCUUCUUCAGGAUGGAACGGCUGUAGCCUUCCUCUUGUUUGGGCGACAACCAUGAAAUAGUGAAGAUAGUUAUGGAUUCAUAUAUUCUAAUUUAUAUAUUCUGCUGUGGUACCUUCUGUUGUUUCUGAGCAAUAAAGACAAUUAGGACCAUG